AUGGAGGGACAGACCCCAGGAGACAGAGGCCUUUCGGAAAAGCCGGUCCCCACGGCCGCCCGCCCCAGUCUGUCCUCACUGGGCGCUGUCUUCAUUCUCCUGAAGUCCGCGCUGGGCGCCGGCCUGCUCAGCUUCCCGUGGGCCUUCCACAAGGCGGGUGGGGUGGCCCCCGCUUUCCUAGUGGAGCUGGUCUCCUUGGUCUUCCUGAUCAGUGGGCUGGUUAUCCUGGGCUAUGCCGCCUCCGUCAGUGGCCAGGCCACCUACCAGGGUGUGGUCGGAGGGCUGUGUGGCCCCACCAUCAGGAAGCUGUGUGAGGCCUGCUUCAUCAUCAACAUGCUCAUGAUCUCCGUGGCCUUCCUCAGGGUGAUCGGGGACCAGCUGGAGAAGUUGUGUGACUUCCUCCUGCCCGGCGCCCCGCCAGCCCCGCAGCCCUGGUACACCGACCAGCACUUCACGCUGACGCUGCUGUCCAUGCUGGUCAUCCUUCCCCUGUCCGCCCCACGUGAGAUCGGGUUCCAGAAAUACACAAGCAUCCUAGGCACGCUGGCCGCCUGCUACCUGGCCCUGGUCAUCGUGGCACAGUACUACCUCGGGCCCCGAGACCUCGCUCAUGAGCCCCGCCUGGCGUCCAGUCCUUCCUCCUGGACCUCCAUAUUUAGUGUCUUUCCCACCAUCUGCUUCGGAUUUCAGUGUCACGAAGCUGCCGUGUCCAUCUACUGCAGCAUGCGCCGCCAGAGCCUCGGGCACUGGGCCCUCGUCUCCGUGCUGUCCUUGCUGGCCUGCUGCCUUGUCUACUCGCUGACAGGCAUGUACGGCUUCCUGACCUUCGGGACAGACGUUUCUGCUGACAUCCUGAUGUCCUACCCAGGCAAUGAUGGGGUCAUCAUCGUUGCCCGGGUCCUCUUUGCUGUGUCCAUCGUGACUGUCUACCCCAUCGUGCUCUUCCUGGGGAGGUCGGUGAUGCAGGAUUUCUGGAGGAGGGGCUGCUGCUGGGCGUGUGGGCCCCAGGCCCUGGCCGAGCCCUCGGGGCCAUGGGUCCGGAUGUCGCUGACCGUCCUAUGGGUUACCGUGACGCUCGCCAUGGCCCUGUUCCUGCCCGACCUCAGCGAGAUCAUCGGCAUCAUCGGCGGCGUCAGCUCCUUUUUCAUCUUCAUCUUCCCAGGUCUGUGCCUCAUUUGUGCCAUCAGCGUGGAGCCCGUAGGACCCCGAGUUAAGUGCUUCCUGGAGGCCUGGGGGGUGGUCUCCGUGCUUGUCGGCACCUUCAUCUUCGGGCACAGCACGGUGGCGGCUGUCAUGGAACUGCUCUGA